GCAAAAGCUAUGACAACUCCUUGCGGCGAAUAUCGAAAGGAGAUCCAAAAGUGUAAUAUCCAAACUGGGACGCAGGUGGUGAAUCAGCAACCAUGCUCCAUACCGACAAUUCAAAGUCAAACUACCUCGGCGGCACCGAUGCGACCUAGAUCUGUCUAUACGGCACACAGUUAUCACGCUCAAACAGAUGAUACUAAUUUUCAGCGAUAUAGUGAGUUUCCAAAGUAUUUUGAAGCACCACCGUCAGAGCAGUGGGGUGGAUUAGCCGGUGCGACGGCAUUUUCUAAUUCAACAGCACUCUGGCGACAGCCUCGAAAUUCUAAAACCAUUGCGCCAUACUACGAAGAGGCAUGCAUCUAUACAGAAAACUGGAGGGAACAUGAUACUGAUGCUGCUAUCGUAGCUACACCGCAUGGUACAAUUUCAUUGAGACUUCACAACAGAAUUCGGGUUGACAUGACCAUCGAUCGUGCAGUUAGAGUAAUUAAUUUUAAGAAUAAUAUUGUACUAUCGUUGAGCGGUUCUGGAGCGGCUGCGGCAUUACUUCAUCCAAACGGAAGAAUAUAUCAGUAUGGAUCACGAGUUGAGAUCUUGGCUCAUGACGCCCACGGCAAUAACAAGUCAGUGGUAUCUGUAACAUCGUUAAAAUACGCAAAGAUGUGGUAUAAGGGGGUGAGCUUCACUUCGGAACAGUGCGCUCUAGUUUAUUUAGUUGAUACGGCGGGAACAAGAACGACCACAGAUUCAUUUUCAGAUAUGGGUCAGGACUUUUCUCUUAGUGUUUUUUACUCUCGUUCUCGGCAUGGUCCAGCAUGCUUGCAAGAAGCUACAGCAGCUUUAAGUGCUGCUCAAUACUGGUUAACUAACGAAGGUGUAGAAAACUGGAUCAUUAACAAUGUUAGAGUUUCACAAACGCCUGAUGGUCUUGUCAGGAUUGCACGAAAUAGUAACAAAUAUCAAUUGCGAACAUCACCCAGUAACGGGACAGCUUCAUUAACGACACCAUUUUUACAUUGUACUGCAUCUCUUGGACAGACUUCUCAUCUUUUCGUGCGUCGUGGUGAGCGACGUAUGCAUUACGAUGGAACUAGUUUUAUUGUACGAAACGCGGGUCACAGUGCCGGAUUUGAUGACAACAAUCAAUUGAAAGUUUAUUAAGAAAAUUUGGCAUGAAUCAUUAUUACCGCAAGCUUUAUAAAUGUUUAUUAGCGGCAAUAAUAAUAUUUACAUUCAGUAUAUAGAUUUAAUUUUAAUGCCGUAAAUAUACAUAAAGCUACAUAAAAAUGAAAAGUUACAUCUUUGAAAAUUAGUCUCUGAUAAAGUAACUUUUUCGCGAAAUCUAUGAUACACCUUACUCAGUUUUUAAGUUUAGAAAUUUAAUUCAUUUUAAAGAUGUGUUUAGCCAUUUAAUUGAAUUGUCUUUACUUAAACCCUGUGCAUAAUAGUUACAACAAGAUAGAGUACAAUGUAUUCUAUAAAAAGUUUUCUUUAAAUUUAGAAUGAUUAA